AUGGCGCCUCCAGUGAACCGUAAGAAGGCAAAGAGAAGGCAGAAGCAAGCCGCUCGUCUUGUCACUGAGCAACAUUCUCAUAACGGAAACUCGUCUACAGAACUGUCAGAACCACCCCACCAUACGAGCAAGGACCUUUCUGAUGUUGAUGACGCGGAUCUUUACGACCACGAUGACAUCGAAGAUGAGGAAGAUGAUAUUACGGCGCCAAUUACAAAUGGCGGGGAAGUAGCACAGAACGCGAAGUCGAAAAAGAAGAAGAAGUCUAAGGCCCGCUCUGCUUCGAAGAAUUUAAAUGAUGACGACCCGAUCUCGCCGACUGAUCCGUCCGCAUCGAUAAAUCAACCACCAACUUCAUUUCCUCCGAUGCCGAAGAAUCACUCAAAGGAACGUAUUUGGAAUACAUCAACACAAGAGGAACGCGAGAAUAUCAAGAAGUUCUGGCUUGAGCUCGGCGAAGAUGAACGAAGGGCGUUGGUUAAGGUGGAAAAAGAUGCAGUGCUGAAGAAGAUGAAGGAACAGCAAAAGCAUUCGUGUAGCUGCACUGUAUGCGGGAGAAAACGCACUGCCAUUGAGGAAGAACUUGAGGUGCUGUACGACGCAUACUACGAAGAGCUCGAACAAUACGCGAACAACAACCAAGGCGCUUUUCAGAAUGGUUCUAUUGUACCUCCGCCAAGGCUAAUGCAUCACAACAUCCAUCCUCUUGAUCGACAUAGGCAUGUCCACCACCACCACCAUCAUCAUCACUCGCACCAUGACCAUGACCACGACCAUGACCAUGACCACGACCACGACCACGACCACGACCACAUCCACGACCACGACCAUCACCAUCACCAUCACCACCCAUCCCAUGGCAGAGUUCAUGAAUUGCCGGAAGAUGAGGAUGAUUUGGAGGAUGAUUACGACGAAGAGGAUGACGAUGAGCCUUAUAGCGAUGACGAGCUUGACGACGAUGAGAGUCGUAGUGAGCGAGCAGACUUUUUCGCCUUUGGGAAUAGCCUAACGGUAAAAGACGGUAUCCUGACAGUGGCAGAUGACCUCCUAAAGAAUGAUGGAAAACAUUUCAUUGACAUGAUGGAGCAAUUAGCGGAACGUCGGAUGCAACGUGAAGAAGAUACACAAUACGGUAUGGCAGCUGCACAUCAAGCUUUACACGCAGGCCAUAACCAUGGACCUCUAGACGAAGAAGAAUACGAAGACGACGAAGAAGAUGAUGGCGCCUACGCGAGCGAGGAAGACGAAGACUUUGAAGAUGACGACAUGGAUACAAUGACCGAAGAACAGCGCAUGGAAGAAGGGAGGCGCAUGUUUCAAAUAUUCGCCGCACGAAUGUUCGAGCAACGAGUGCUUACCGCUUAUCGAGAAAAGGUCGCUCAGCAACGGCAGGAGCUGCUCCUUCAAGAAUUGUUAGAAGAACAAACACUGACUGAACAACGAAACGCGAAGAAAGCUCGCGAGGCUCAAAAGAAAAAGGAUAAGAAGAAACUGCAGAAACAAGCCCGAGAGGAAGAGAAGGCUCAGCGUGAGGCGAAGAAAGCGGCCGAAGAAGCAGCCGCCCGUGCCCUCGAGGAGAAAAAACUUGAGGAGCAAAGACGGAAAAAGGAGGAAUUGCGAAAGAAAAAGGAGGCGGAAAGGAAAUUGCAGGAAGAAGAACGUCUGCGUAAAGAAGCAGAGAAACAGAAACGAAUACAAGAGGAACGUGAGCGUCAAGCUGAAGCGGAGCGAAAGCAACGCGAGCAAAAGGAGCGCGAACGUAAAAAGCGUGAGGAGGCUAAAAGAAAAGAGCGUGACGAGCGAGAGGCCAAGGAAAAGGAGCUACGGGAGAAGAAGGCCAAACAGGAGCACGAUCGUAAACUUCGAGAAGAACAGUCGAAACGCGAUUCUGAGCCUGGUACGAAGUCGGACCAGCUUGCUAAAGAACGUUCACAGUCUCAGCCUUCAUCACAACCUGUUUUUACAGGGCCAAAGCGAACGUCUCAAUCCGGCCCUGGCAUAAUCGCUAUGCCCCCCGGCUUACAACACCCGCAGGGUGCAACGGUUGCAAACUCUCCCCAUUUUCAGGUUGCAACACCGAUCGUCCCCAAGGCACCUACUCCUGCUCGUCCUCGUCAACCCUCACAGCAAGGAUCACAUGCGUCAUCGCCUCGUUCUCAAGCCGCCAGCAGCACAGAACCGCUCACGUCAAUCUCUCCUCAAACAGUACCUUUAUCGCAGUCUUCCGGAACUCCAACCAGUUCAUCGGGAAAACUUGGACUUUCACAACAACCUGUUCUUCAUCAUCCACAGCCUUCAGCCCCUCUAUCGCCAUUAGGAGGUGCUGGCAGGUCACAUCCCUUGGGCUAUCCCGGUAUCAACGGACUGCCAUCUCAUCCUCCUCCGGGAAUGGCCGGCGUAGUACCUCGGCCAAUUGGAAACGAGAACCUCCCACUAUAUCCCCCUCCGUCGGUCCCUGUUGGUAGUCAAUACAGAGGGUUUUCUGGGCCAAACGGUGUGCUCCUGCCUCCAGGUAUUAGUGCUGGUCGUUCAAUGCCAGGUCCAGGUCGAGGGUUUCCCGUAGACCCAGGGCAUAACUUGGCAUUUAGCGGCCAACCCCCUGUUCCUGGUGUGUUGUCUGCUGCUCAGCCUGUGGGACGACCUCAAGGGCACUCACGUCAGGCCUCCGCUUCAUUUGAAAGGUCGCCGUUAGAAGGCCAGCCAAUGAAUGCUCCGAUUUCCCGACCGACACCGAUUAAGCGGCCUUCAAGUCCUCAGAAAGUCGAUGGGAAGACCAAUCAUUCCGAGGUAGAUGACUUAAGUGCUCAGCUAGGGAGUAGUGCUCUUCUUGAUGAUUCAGAUAUACCAUUUGCCACGAACCUGUCACAGUCUCUACCGGGCCCUCCAGUACCAGGUGGUUUCGGUUUGCCUCGCUCCAGCUUUGGCGCCUCCCCCUUGUUUCCAGAUCCUCUAAGCCCACCGAAACAACCGGGAUUUUCUGGGCCAGGAAGCACAUGGGGUGCUCAAAGCCCGUUCGGUGUGCCCUUUCAGACGUCAUGGACCACUGGAUCUGGUGGGGGUUGGCCUAAUCGUGCCUUUGGAGCCGGUGGUAAUCACCGCACCCAUACAUCCCGCCCUGUGGCGGUUCGACUGAUGGUCAUUCAAGCGAUCAAGAGUCUAAAUUCGAUGAGUCCUUCGAAAUCUGCCCCUGGUUUCCACGAAGUCAGUCGCCUUCUUCAACAGGUGGAGCAACUCAAGGCUCCUAAUGAGCCAUCGAUUUCUCUGAAUGAAAUGCUUGAUAUCUGCGACACGGAAGGAAACCCCCAAAAUGGAGGUGGAUCUUUCAUUGUCAAAGAGGACGAAAAGCAGAACCGUUAUGUCAAAUUCGAGCCGGAUAACAAUAGCCCUCUGCCUAGUCAUCGAGGCGGCUUUGUCCCUGGCGACAUCGGUAGUCCAGUGCCUGGAAGCAGCAUACCUGCCAUAUUUGGUGGGAUUGGGCCAGCCCCUGGUGUUAGGCAGUUCUCGCCUCCCACAAGCUUCUAG